AUGCCCCCCCAUGGACAGCACGGGCCCACGGGCUCGCUGGCACCCAGCGCCCUCUCCACGCCCUCCCGUGCUUCUAGGAUUGCGUUCCACGUGCCAUCAGACAAGCACAGGACCUCGCUGCCACCUUCAGUGAGGGGCCGGGGGAGUCUGUUUUGGCACUGGCUGUGGAAACUUCUAGAAGAAGAUCGCAGGACAUGCCCCAGCUCCAGAGGAGCUGACCCGAACUCGUCCACUGUGGCCUGGAAGAUGAGCGCCGGGGUGCGGGCCGCAGCCAGCCCCGCCCUGCGGGCCGAGCGACAGCGCCACCCGAGACACCCGCGGGACGGCUGCGCGGCCUGCGGGGCCCCGGGCUGCGGCCGCGACCAGCGGCUCUACCGCAACCUGCAGGAGUACGCCAAGCGCUACUCGUGGGCCGGCAUGGGCCGCAUCCACAAGGGCAUCCGCGAGCAGGGCCGCUACCGCGGCGGCCGGCCGUCCAUCCAGAAGCCCGAGGUCUUCUUCCUGCCCGACCUCCCCACCGCGCCCUACUUCGCGCGCGACGCGCAGAAGCACGACGUGGAGCUGCUGGAGCGCAACUUCCAGACCAUCCUGUGCGAGUUCGAGGCCCUGUACAAGGCCUUCUCCAACUGCAGCCUGCCGCAGGGCUGGAAGGUGCACAGCGCGGCGGGCGGCGAGUGGCUCACCUUCCACCUGCUCAGCCAGGGCGUGUGCGUCCCCAGGAACUGCAGGCGGUGCCCUCGGACGUCCCGCUUGCUGGGCAGCCUGCGCACCUGCAUUGGGAACAAUGUGUUUGGGAACGCCUGCAUCUCCGUGCUGAGCCCCGGGACCGUGAUCGCCGAGCAUUACGGGCCCACCAACAUCCGGGUCCGGUGCCACCUAGGUCUGAAGACGCCGAGUGGCUGCGAGCUGGUGGUGGGGGGCGAGCCGCAGUGCUGGGCAGAAGGCCGCUGCCUUCUCUUCGACGACUCUUUCCUGCACACUGCCUUCCACCAAGGUUCAGCAGAGGAUGGGCCACGUGUGGUCUUCAUGGUGGACUUGUGGCACCCGAAUGUGGCAGCUGCCGAGCGGCAGGCCCUGGAUUUCAUCUUCGCCCCGGGACGAUGAGGACACUGCC